AUGACAACUCCAGAGCACCAAGCAGUUUGGGAGGCCGAAUUGGCCUGGUCUCCCACUCCACCCCCUGCUGCCGAUGAGGUGAUUGACAUGAUCCUGUUGGCUCCUCAGCCUGAGACUCUGGUAUAUUGGCUGGUGGUCCAACCUUUGACUCCACCUCCCCACUGGGUGGCUCGUUGGACCCCUCCUCCUCCUCCUCCAGACUGCCACCUUCCCAGCAAUGGUGAACUUGCUGGGUGGUCAGUACAAUUUGUCACAGCCGAGCUCUUGACUUGGGUCACUGACCAUUACUACCCUCCAGACUGGGACAUACCGGUUGGUUCCUUACCAGCUAAAUGUCUUCACUGUUUAGUCAUGCUUCGCCUCACAGAGGGUUGCAUGCCAUGGCCAAGUUGGCAGUGUCGACACUGCUUCAACUUAGGCAUUCUCUGCUUUGCAUCUGCAUUUACCAACCCGUUUGGUGAACAUACUCGAAUCCCUUGUGCCUGCAUGCACUGUUACCUAGCCAGGUUGGGUCACUGCGAGCAUAGCAUCCCAGCUCAUCCCGGCAUGGAUUACACCAGUGAUGGGACUCCAAGUUUGCAACCUCGUGGGUCUCAUCAGGUAGAAUGUGCACACUUAACUGUAGCGGAUGGAUAUGGUCCUGGAUUGGUUUGGUCAGAUGAACAAACCACCAACCUAGUGAUGACCCAUGGCUGGGUGGCUGCAAUGCAGGUUGUGUGGCACUUACACUGA